AACGUUUUCUAAUGUCGUGUACAUAGUACACGAGUAUGCCGUUAGGCGCGCUAUUUAUCGAACUGUGUCUGUGAUCCUAGUUUUAAGUUGUUAUAAAGUUGUUAAUAAACCAUCAAGAUGGUAUGAUGUUCGCGUACUUAUUUCGCUCAUUAAUUCGCAAUUAACAAUAAUUUGCUCGUGAGAAUUCUAUUCUCUCGACAUGGUAGCAGAGAAGUAACGAUUCAAUUUAUCCGCGUCGCGAAAAUUCUAGUUUUAAUUAGUUUUUUUUUGUAAUCAAUGUGACACUCACUUUUCGCACCACAUGUUUGUCAACACAUCGCAUUUCGCCAUUCGCUUUUCGAUUUAUAUCCUGUCGCUAUUAUGGAUAUAAAAUUCGCUCAAUUCGCUUUUUAAUUUCGUUUCAAUUCGCUAUUCGCUCAAAAUUGACUAUAUCCUGUCGUUACUAUGGAUAUAGAACUCGCCGAAUUCACCAUGUGGCUUGAUUGCCUCAACCAAUCAAUUGAAAUUGUUGCAUCAUUCAUCAACUCAUCAUCAAUCAACACUGAAUCGCUCCUAUUCGCCUUUGAACAAAUGUCCGUAGACUUAAAAGAAGUUGAAAAUUGCCGCUCAUCACAAAGUAAGAAUUCACCGUAUGAUUUCACUCACGCGUUACCUUCAAUCAUCAAGGCCAAACACCUGGUUCCAACAGUCAAACGUUUACUCGCCAACGUCCGUCAUUCCAUCACUGAAACGGAAAAUCUGACAACAAUUCGAUUUGAAAAUGAUCAUUCAUCGCUAAUUUCGCUUCAAUCCGAUCAGCAAACAGCUGGAAUCGCCUCUUCAACUGUGUUAUCAGUGAUCUUCGAAUCAUCCGAUGAGUUACAGUCAGCUGAAGCUAAUCCGCACCAUUCCGCGAACAAUUCUCAACCCACCGAUCAACAGCAGCGAGAAGUCGCUUCACCGUUUGUAUCCGAUCAAAUAUCCGCUUCAAAUGAACCUGAAAAACUUGAAAAUGCUCAUCUCGCUCCUCUCACUGAAUCUCCGCUCGAAUCAACUUCGGUUAUCAUCAUCAAAACGAAUCAUUUUCAUCAGAAGAUUGAAAAUUGCGCUCCGGACGAAUUAAAAGCCAUCAUCACGCCGCUAUCACCGUUAGUAAGUCUCAAUUUGGCAUCAAAUCAACGUGAUCUUCAAUUUGUUUACUUUAGAAAAACAUCACCGAUCAUUUCAUACUCAGGUAAUGAGUUCAAUCUCAAACAUAUUCGUUUUAAAGUGUUUCUGUCAAAUGUUUCAUCAGUGUUUCAUCGUUUUAAAAAUUACGAUCGCGCUUUUAACCGAUUAAUGUUCGUUUUCGCGUAAUUUAGCCAAUUUAAGUGUAUUUGUGUGUUUUUACACAUUCGUUUCGUUUUCUUUUUAUCAAUUUAGAAAGUCAUUGAAUUUGUUUCAAAGUUUAUUUUACAAUUUGAAUUUUGUUUCGAAAGUUUAUUUGUUCAUUUUAGUUUUAAUCGCCUGUUUUUCAAUGAUUUGUAUAAUCAUUUUAGUUUUAAUCAAAGUUUAAUCUGUUUCAAUUUUAAGUUUGUAAGUUGAAAAUCAAAUUGAUGUUUUAGUUUUUAGUUUUCUGAUGCCGCUAGUGUUAUCAUUGAUAACAUUAUUCAAUAGUUUAUUUCGAUAGUUUUAUUCUAAUUAGUGAUUAGUUUCAAGAUUGUAUUUGCCAAUCGUCAUUUAUGUUUUAGUUUAUCAUUUUAUUUAAUAAGUGUUUCAGUUUUCACUGUUCGAUCGAUGUAUUUUUUUUUCAUUUUCCCAUGUUCAUUUUUGAUCAAUUUUUGUGAUUUUUUUUUUCACUUUGAAUUUUUUUUCUCGCUUUCCCCCCAGUGUCGUGUACAUAGUACACGAGUAUGCCGUUAGGCGCGCUAUUUAUCGAACUGUGUCUGUGAUCCUAGUUUUAAGUUGUUAUAAAGUUGUUAAUAAACCAUCAAGAUGGUAUGAUGUUCGCGUACUUAUUUCGCUCAUUAAUUCGCAAUUAACAAUAAUUUGCUCGUGAGAAUUCUAUUCUCUCGACAUCUAAGAUUCAUAUAUGUAGGUAGUAUCAAUUUUUUUCAUUUAAUUUAAAUUGCAGAUCUUUGUUUUAUUUUCCUUAUUGAACCAACACAACACAUAAUAAAAAACAAAUUAAAAUGAGUGAUUCGAAAGAAAGAUUAAAAGAAAGAAAAUAAUAAGCAAUCCUGUCUGAUCCUGUUCACAUGUUUUGUACCUCAAGUAUUUGGCAACAUUGCUUUCCUUCGCGACUGUCGCGACUCGACAAAUUCAUUCAUUCCUCAAACAAAUUUUGGAAGGUAUCUCUCGUAAUCGUAACCGUUGGAUGUUGAAAAGAUCAUCCACCUUCAAGUUUUGUGGUUCAUUCAAGUAUUUAACUUUUUUCGUUGUAUCAUCUUCGCGGUGUUUUCAUUUUUUACUAACAAUAUCGAUGGAAAUAGUUGUUAUCCUGUGUUGAUUAUUCAGUUUUUAAGUACCUAAUUAAGUUCAUGGUGUUGCAUCGAUCGCGAAACCUAUCUGUUCGUUUUGAAUAGUGUUUUCGUUGUUAAUAAUCCUCAAUUCCGCGCAUCGUGAUGGAAUUUUCCGCGAAUGCUUCUUCCGUGAAAAAAGAACCGAGAGAUGCAUUUAAAGAAACAAUUAAAAUGGUAGAAGAUGAUUUCUACAAAUUUAACGAAAUUGUUAAUCAAAAUUUGCGAAUAGAAAGCGAGAUUGAAAAACAGCUAGAAAAAGAAGAUAAAAAAUGUACGUUUUUGAAACACACAAUCGGAGAGUUGAAAAAGCAAUUGAGCAAUAUCGAAAGACUUUGUACCGAGCAAAGGAAUUAUAUAUUUGAUUUACAAAUGGAGCUGGAGCAUAUUAGUUCGACAAUAUACGAACAAAUGGAAGUCAAGAGAAUUGCGUAUCCUGAAGAAGACGCUAAACCGUAUCGAGAAAUGGUGAACUUGGCUCAGCGAAUGGUUGAUUGCGUCACUAAUUUCAAAACAAUUAUUCAGCAGAAUAUUGACGACUGCAUCGAUCGGAACGAAGAAAUAAAUAAUUGGAAAAAUACUUUGAAUCAGCUUCUGAGUAGAAUUUCAGAACUUACGUCAACUAGGGAUCGUAUACGAUUAGAAAUUGAUCAGUUGACUAGCUGUGUAAAUGGACGAUCUCUCGACGAUAUCAACACAAGUACUACGCGCCUACAAGAAAUCAACCAAGAAUUCAAAACUACAAAAAUUUCACAUCGCGAAGUCUCCGCUGAGAAAAAUAAGUUGAAUCACUGGAAGCAGCAGGUGAUCGCCGAGUCUACGGAUAAAAAGACAUCUUACUUGAAAACUCAAGAAAAUUUUAAGAAAUUAAAACAAUCAUCUUCGGACCGGAUGAACCUAUUACGUACAGAAAUUUGUUCGACUAAGCAACAGUAUCACAACACGAUUAAAGAUAUGAAAACUUCUUUCGAUCCUGUUGAAAACGAGUUUAGAAAAUUGGAAUCUCUUAUCAAAGAAAAAUCAGCUGAGCUGGAAGAUAUGAUUAGAAGAGAAACCGCUUCAAGGUACGAAGAAAAAAUGAUUUUCUCAGAUAUCGAAAGAAUGGGCGACGAAUUAUCUAAAAUAGAAGAGUCAAACGAAGUGCUCGAAAAGCAAGAAAAAUUUGCAAAACAUAUGUACGAUUCCAUGAAACAGCACACGAAUGCAUUAAAAACAUCAAUUUCAGAAAAGGAAAUUUGCCUUAGAAACGUAAUCGAAAAGCUAGCAAAAUUAGAAAGCGAUUCAGAUUAUUCUCCCAUGGAUUGCGAUGAAUUGAAUGAUACACCUAAGUGUACAAUAUCAACUGAUCAUAAAAACGUAAUGGAUCAAAAUGAUCAACUCGCAAGAAGGCAUGCAAAAUUGAUGCGAGAAACGCAAGAUUUGUACGUUGUGGCAGAAGAGUUGAAAUUUAAACUAAACGCCUGUGAUGUUGAGAUUGAUUUCUUAAAUUUACUCCAUAACAAAAUUUCGGUCAAAAUGAAUGAAGAACAGCAAAAAGUGGACGAAGAGAUGAAUAACAAGAUCGAAAAGUGCAUUGAAAAUGUAACUGAAUUGAGUAAUAUUUUAAUGGAAAAAAAUUUAUUGCUAGACUCAGUUAGAGCUGACGUUCAAAAAUGUUUCAAUUUGGUACCAUCGUUAAAAAGUAAAAUCAAAACGCAAGAGAAAGAAAACGCUGAUUGUAAAACAAAACUUUCUCAGCUGGAAGAAAAAAUCAGCAACGACGAAAAAAUUUCACAGAAUAAAGCUAAUCUACUCAAAGAUUUGGAGAAAAACACAUUCCCUAAGACUAGAAUUCCUGCAGAAUGGCUACAGUCUCUUCAACAGCAGAAGAAUGAAUACGAAAAAUUGAAAGCAGAGCGAAUGGAACUCGAAGAAAAACGAAAUGAAAUAAAUGUUGAAAAGUCGCCUGUUAAAAAAAAAGACAAUUUGAAAUUGUCAGAAAUAUUUACAGAUACAGAUCCAAAGAAACGGCGUUUAGAUUCCGAGAUGAAAUGUGCAGCCUAUAAAUUAUUUAAAGAGGUAUUUAAGUAAUAACGCACUUUUCAGAGCGUAUUCUCAAGAAGUACGGUACUUCUAUAUCAGAUUGAAUUUUCAGAUAUCACCUUGACUACUAUAUGUAUAAGGAUAUAAUUUUCUUUAAAUUAUUUUACGAAGUAAAAAUUGAUUUCGAAUUAUUUUUUUGAAAAAUGAAAAGUUGAAUUUUUUAUUUGAUACAAUGUAAUGAACUACAAAGUAUUGUCAUUCUUUAAAAGUAUUUAUUUAAAUAAAAUGUAGAUAAACAAAA